GCAUACGGAUGCUGGAAAUGAUAGCUAACAGCUAGUGUUUACGCAUUUUAGGAAAGAUGGCUGGGGACUUGCAAGGUUUUGCGCUGGAAAAAGCCGAGCUGCUUUCCAGCCGUUUGAAGGAGCUCCUGUCUUCGGGUCAGGGAUAUGUCCGGGCUCAGUUUGGGGUGGAUUUGGGUCUGAAGCCCGAGCUGUACCCGACCUGGGUCAUCCUCUCCACGGCCGCGGUGGGUCUGCUGCUGCUGCUCGGUCUGUCCAGGGCCGCUGUCUGCGGCGGGCUGCUCGUCGGGAAAAAGCGGGGAUCCCCGGUCACACAAGGCAGCGGUGAUCCCGGCAAGGCCACCUUUGUUAAAACUGCCAAGCCAGAAGAACCGAAGAAGAGGAACAAAAAGAAAGCGCCUGAGAAGAAAACUCAGUCCAACGGACAGCCAGUAACUGUGGCCCAAGAGGAAGUUAAAGUGACUGAAGCAGUUUCCAAGCCCACACCGCAGAUUAAAGCUGAAAAAGUCCACGAGGUACAGGCCCCAGCGCAGGUGAAAAAGAACAAGAAGAAAACCAAGACGGAAGUGAAACCAGUUCAGCAUGUGCCUACCAACGAUGGGAAGGAGCCUGAUGAUGGUGCGUGGGAGACCAAAGUCAGCAACCGAGAAAAGAGGCAGCAGCGCAGGAAGGAAAAGGGCUCUGAGGACUCUGGCAGUCCAGGAGGUGUGGAAGCCCCCAAAGCCCACAUGGAGGCACCUGCAGCCACAGCACCUACUAAGAAGAACAGAGGAAACCAUGAGUCCCUGCAUUCAAGAGCCACUGGGAAGGCAGAUGUAGCCAGUGGAGCUGGUAAAGACAAAGCUAAAAAAUACUUGUCCUCCAGCUGGAGAGAGGAGCCUUCAGUCAACGGUGGAGGCUGGACUGAUCUCUCCAUGAAGAUCCCGGGUCAGAUGGGUUCUAUGGAAGGAGCCAAAUGGAGCACCAUCCCCACAGCUUCUCAUUACAGGACCCAACCUGAGCCCCAGCCGUGGGUGCAGGAGUCACAAGCAGCAUGGACUGGAAUUGAUGGCCGGAUAAAGCCUGACCUCAACCCCGUGUCCUUCUCCAUGCUGGGACUAAACACCACAGAGCGCAUAUCAAAUUCAAUUGAGCUGCAGUGGGCGAGCCAUGUGGAUGAUCAGUGGUCAGGAUUCAACGGCAUGGCAGCAGCAGAUCCCAGCUCUGACUGGAAUGCCCCAGCAGAGCACUGGGGAAACUAUGAGGAGCCUCCUGUUCUGGUGACACCAGCUCCUCUGCAGAAGGAACAACCGCUACCCAACAAGGUGUCAGAGGACGAGAAGGACGCUGAGGAUCCAUCUGGAGGAGCCUCCAAAUCUAAAAAGAAGAGGAAAAAGAAGAAGAAAAGCGAAGAGGAAGCUGCAUCUGAGGCUCAGAAGGUGAGCACAGCGCCGAUAGUCAAUGCGGCGCCCAAACUCCAAGAGCUUCCUGUGCAGUCCUCCAAAAAGCAGAAUACCAGCAUAUCCUCGUCUCAGAAGAAGUCUGAGCAGACUGUGGAGCCUCCGAAACCCUCCCAGAAGAAAAAAGUCCGAAGAGAAACAUGAAGUCACACCACAGGUCCAAACAAAGCAUAUGCAAAUGAUUGUUAAAAGUGUCACAUGCAAUAAUUACCAGGUACAGUGUCUUUCCGAGAUACAUUAACAGUUUAUCAGUUACAGAAAUGAAAACAAAGCAAGCAGUAGAUAUCACCUGCUUGGCUAAAUAUAGCGAAGAAAUGUAGUCCUAUGGACUGAAAACUUAACUAAUUUGCACUAUUUGCUACACUGCAACCAGAGUGGAGUUUCAGGUCAGGUGGACUUUUAGUGGAGGUACAUGUUUAAUGGCAUCAGAGGUGUUUCUGUUUUUAUAUAUUCCUCCUCCAAGACUGUAUGUAAUUGUUAACCCAAAAUUACAAAACGGGUUUUAAUUUUAUUUUUUGUUGUGUGAAAUUUUAAGUUUAAAAAGAACCAUACGUAAUUGUUCCCCAGAAUGUUGCACUUUGUUUUGUUUGCAAUGCUGCUGCCGCUUUAUGGAUUACUGAGAUGUUCUGGAGCAGAGUACAAAGGGUUUUAUUCAAAAAUAUCUCAAUAUGACACUCACAUGACCUCUGAAAUUUAUGGAUAUUUUCCAAAGUAAUGGUCUUUUUUGUACAAAAACCCCUCUUUGUGUUUCUCCAGACAGUAUUUUCUUGCCCUGCUGUGCUGGAGGGAUACUCUGUGAUACAUUUACAUGUUAAUACCAAGACUUGAUUCGGCUGUUCUUAAACAAAUAGUUUCACCUGAUGUCUUUUUUUUCACCACACAAGGGCACUGUAUCUAUAAUCAAAUAAAGGCAUUCCAACACAACCGAUAUGAGCAGGAAGAAUGAUUAGUUAUCCCGAACUCUCUACAUGGCAUGUGAGUGUUGUGUUAAGAUAGCUUUGUUUAUCUUUUAAUGUCAUAUUCCCUAAAACUGAUGCUUUUAUGUAACAAUGACACCAAAACGCUGGCUGCUUGUAGGAUACGUAGGUUAAAGUGAAUGGCAGCUGUAACGUGGUCUAUGUCAGUUACUGUGGUGUUCAAAAGACCACAGAAACUUCUCCACACAGUCAUUCCUGCUGCAGCAUAAUCCACCUUUUCAUCGUCCAUCCGUGCAAUUGUAUCCUCCAAACACUUUGCUGAAAUAUGGUUAAAUACACUUCUGUCUGUGCCUUUGUGUUUUCGGGAGCGAGAUCGCAGGAAGCUGUGGAUUUAGCCUGAUUCUGUUGGAACCAGCUGACCAUUUGCAAAAAAAAUGGAAAGCUCAUAGGUUGUAAUUUCUUUUUAAGGGAGACAGCAGGGAUUUUGACAUAAACUGAUUUUGGAUUUACACCGAGGAUUAGUUGAUGUUCCCCCUGAGACCACAGUAACUGAUAUGAACCACCAGGAGGCACUGUAAUCCGAAGUUUAAGGGGUUGAGAAGCAGUAACGCUGUUGAAGUGUCUCCCUCUGCUUUUAUCAUCAUUAUCACCACGAGAAUCUUUAUCUGACUAGAUUUUAUGUUGAUUUUUCUGCACUCCAUUUGUGAUUUCUUUUAAAUUAAAAACCAUUUCUUCCUGUUUUGUGCUAGAAAAAGCCAUGCCAUAUGUACAGAUUGUAAGGGCUUUUUCCAGUUCUGUAACUGCACUGUGCAAAAGGCUGUACUGAGUUCCUUUUGAUGUCGAUGAAUUGUUUUUACUAACUCUUGCGGAAUGUGAAAUGUGUAAGUUUUUUUGGUUUUUUUUGAGUUUGUACUUGACUUCCGAGAUUUAUGACGGGGAGGUGAAAUGUUUUUGACUUAAACUGAGAAUGAAAACGUACAUAGAGCAGCUUUAAUUCCACAUCCAAGCUGGUUUUAAACAAGAUAUUUACACACACACACACACACACACACAUGAACAAUUACACAUAUACAAAAGGAAUUUAAUUCCAUUGCCUUAACCUGUAGUUGUAUAGAAAGUGCAUUGGAGUCCUUUUUUAUAGCUUCCAUCCAAUUGCAAGUUUUGAUGUCAGAAUUACUUUCAUUUUUGCAUGACUUUGAUAAUAGUACUCGUGUACAUGAAAAUGAAAUGAUCAAUCUUUUGCUUUAACUGUUAGUACUUGGUCCUAGAGUACCACUCAGUAUAUAUACUGUAAUAGCUUUCUGUAAAGAGACAAAUUGCAGCUUUUUCUGUGGGCAUCCAGUUUAGAGGACUUUAUCAUGUUCUUCUGUUUUUGUUUUGGUUCCUGUGGGCAAAGAGCCUUAGUGCAUCAAGGUGUCGAUCAACUGGUGGUGGUGGUAGUUGUUGGUAGACCUGGUAGAUCACAGCGGACAAAAUGAUGUGUCACCGUGGCUUCAGGUGCCCUUUCGUUCAGUUUUUACUGAUGAGUAAAAUUGUUCAAUCAAUGUAUUUAUAUACUUGUCUCUAGGAAAUGGUUUUUGUGAAUGAUUUUGUUUAUCGAGGAGAUACAAAUGAUAUUUCUAUGUUUGUUUGGUAAAGAUGAAAAUUAAAAGACAAAUGCUUGAUA